CUUCAGCUUCUCUUUAAACUCUCCCACCCUCCAAAUAGUAUGAGUUUCUCAGUUCAGUGAACACGCAUUCAGAGUUCAGAUGAAGCUCCGGGCAGCACUGGUCGCUCUGCUGUGCAUCUACACUCAAGUGUGCGGAGCUGACAGAUGCAAUGGGUUCAGACACCUGGAGAACGGGCAGACAUUUUUCCGCUAUGGAGGACUGCUGGUGAUCUUCCGCUGUCAUCCUGGUUACAAGCUCCAUGGAUACAAAACCAACAGCUGUGUGUCUGGACACUGGUCCCGGGACAUCCCAGUCUGCGUUGGCUCUGGCUGCUCCAAUCCGGGACCACUCACUCACGGGACGAGCAGAAUGAAUGGGGAUGGCUCCUGGGCCAUGUUCAGCUGUAAUAGCGGCUUUCGGCUACACGGGUCCUCGAUGUUAUACUGUAAGGGCCACACCUGGAAUGGCACGACACCUGUGUGCAAAGAGUUCGACAUGAUGAGCUCGGUUUCAGGCUUCAGUGUGCAAAAGCCAGACAUACACCAGAACCUCCAGGCUGCUGUAGCUCUUAAGUCUGCACAGCAAUCCCACUAUGACACCCUUGCUAAUACUGCUUCCAAAGAAGCGAACCACAAAUUUGAUGUGUUUCCUCAGAUGCAAUCCCAAAUGUCCAGCAGCGAGAGGAUUAAAGUGACUAACACAAAAGUCCAACUGCAGCAGCAUAUUCAGUUUUCCAGGUGUAAAGUCAAAGAUGGAAGAAGAUCUCAUCAUGAAGCUGAGGAGCAAAAGGAAGGUCAAGGAGCAGAAACAGGAAGUGCGAGGGAUGACUCAGAGGUGGAAGCUUCAUGGGAGGAAGCAGAAAAGGUUGACAAAGUUACACAAAUGUUUGCCUCUAAGUUACAGCUAUCUGCUCCCGUUUCGUCUACUUUAUCGUUAAUGUCAGGAACGGAGCAAUCAACACCUUCACCACCGUCAUUUUCGACAGCCCAUACGCCAAGUGGCACUGCUGUCGCAAAUAUUGCUGUCAAGGAAAAGGAUGAUGUGUCUCCCUCUGAAUCACUAAUGGGCUCCUCACCAAUUGCAGAUGAAGACCAACUGGCUGAAACUACCCUAAAGUUCUAUCCGUCUUUGUCUCAGCAGGGGUCUGUAGAUGAAGAGGAGCCCACAGAGACUUCAACACAAAGUGUAUCUUCUUCUGCUCAUUUCAUUUUUACCAGUCUUUCCUCCACUUCAUCGCCUGCUUCCUCUGCUCUCCCCUUAUCACUCCCCCUUCCGUCCUUUUCUGCCUCAACUUCCUCAAGUCCCAGCUCCACCCAGUCCAGUAUGGAAACACAACUCCCUAAUGUCACUUCUCCUUCAAACAUGUCCACCACCAGUAAGCACAGAUCUCACUGGACUAAAUACCACAACCUCACACUGAACGUCACCUCAAAACCGUCUCUGCCGUCUCUGAGCCUCAGCAGACGUCCUGUGUGUCCAUAUCCACCUGUGCCUGCCCAUGGGACCUUCUACUUUCGUAAUGUGGAGAAUCCAGGUCCUAGAGAAUACAGACAUUACAUACAGUAUGCCUGCUACUCAGGGUAUACACUGGCUCAUGGAGACAUUCAUAGCUACUGCCAGCAGGGGGGCACCUGGAGUGGAAUCACACCUGUUUGUCUGGAGUUGACACCAUGUUCUCUUAACAAUGGAGGUUGUUCCCAGCUGUGCUCUCACUCCCCACACUACAACCAGAGCUCCAAUCAGACUCAGACCAGAACUCAGUGCCACUGCAGACCGGGAUUUACUCUGCUUGAUGAUGGACGAACGUGUCGUGAUUUAGAUGAGUGUGUGGAGGGGAAGCAUCAAUGUCAGCAGAGAUGCAUCAACACAUUUGGUUCCUUUAAGUGUGGCUGUGAUGAUGGCUAUCAGCUAGCUCAUGACCGGACCUCCUGCACAGAUGUGGAUGAGUGCCUACAGCCUGCAGCCGUAACAGGCUGUUUGUUCGGUUGUGUUAACACUCCCGGUAGCUUCCACUGCCAGUGUCCGGUGGGCUACAGCCUUCUUUCUCCAGACAGCCACUGCCAAGACAUAGAUGAGUGUGCUGUUAAUCAGGGGCUCGGGCCAUGUAUGGAGCAGUGCCACAACUCACCAGGAUCCUACCGAUGCUCCUGCAGAUAUGGUCACAUAUUAGCUGGAAAUGGGCACAGCUGCAUCGCUGAGUGUCCACCUGGCUACAGGAAGCAACCAGUAACAACACCUGAGAACUCAACUGCUCAGGCUCCUAGGGAGGAGUGUGUAGAUAUAAAUGAGUGCGAGGAGGAAAAGUGUGAGUGGCAGUGUGUUAAUCUGCCAGGCUCUCACCGAUGCAUCUGCCCCAGAGGAUACACACUCCUAAAAGAUGGGCGAAACUGCAAGGACAUUAAUGAGUGCAGUCGAAAGAAUGGAGGGUGUUCCCACUUGUGUGUCAACCAAAAAGGUGGGUACAAAUGUGCCUGCCCAGCCUCCCAUCGCCUUUCUCCUUAUAGCUGGAAGAAAUGUCUACCAAGGACGACAACGAACACUGCUGGUCGAGAUGAAAAACAGUUCAAAAUAAAAUUAAAUGAAGUCCAACCCAUGGAGCAACAGCUGGAGCACUGAUUGGUUAGUUGCUCUGUGUUGGCAGAAGCUCCUGCUGCU